AUGGCAUCUCAAGACUUCGAGAAAGACAACCACAGCGGCGACGAAGAAGUCGCAAACGCUGCCCAAGACCAGUCUUCAGAAGAACCUCCACAAGAGCCCAUCUACGACAAAGGUACCACAGCCUGGCUGCAUGUUCUCGGCUCCUUCUUCCUCGUCUUCAACACUUGGGGUAUCUUGAAUGCGUUCGGCGAAUACCAGACAUACUACGCCUCGUCCUUCCUCUCCCACGAAUCCUCCUCCUCAAUCUCCCUCAUCGGCUCCCUCGAGACUUUCAUCCUCCUCUUCACCAGCUGUCUCACUGGCCCGGUCUUCGACAAGGGACACUUGAGGUUGCUGGUCGUGGUGGGGACGUUCCUGAUUGUGUUUGGACAUACGAUGUUGAGUGGCAAGACACUGACGUCUUGCUGUCCAGGCAUCAUGUACCCAAUCGCUCUCUACCGCCUCAUCAAUGAAGUGAGCUUCCCAUGGGCUGUUCGCAUUCUCGGCUUCAUCGCUCUGGCCACUCUCCUCGUUCCUAUAUUCAUCCUUCGAAUGCGUACUUCACCAGCCAAAGCGCGCAGUCUGAUUGACUGGACGGCUUUCCACGACUUCGACUACAUCUUCCUCGUCUUCACUAGCUUUCUGGCGUACAUGGGCCUCUUCGUCCUGCUUUUCUAUCUGUCCUUCUACGCUGCAAACGCGAAGCUCACGGAUACCUCGUUGGCAUUCUAUCUGGUGCCCAUCUUCAACGCGGGGUCGUGCAUUGGUCGUACGGUUCCGAACGCGUUGGCGGAUAAGACUGGGCCGUUUGAUAUCAUUGCACCUGGCGCGCUGAUCGUUGGACUGCUCGAGUUCUGUAUGAUCGCAGCCAGCAAUAGCAAGGGAAUGAUAGCCCUGGCAGUGAUCUCUGGCAUCUUCAGCGGCAUUCUGAUCGGUGUGCUGCCUUUGUGUUUCAUCGCUCUGACGAAUGAUAAGUCGAAACUGGGAACGAGAAUGGGCAUGGGCUUUGCGUUCUUGGGGCUUGGUGUUCUUUGCGCCGGCCCUGGAGCUGGAGCAAUACUCGGCGAGAACGAACCGCUGCAUUGGCGGUCUGCUUGGAUCUUUGGAGGAGUUGCUACCUGUUCCUCUGGCGUUGGCUUCUCCCUUCUACGAUUCAAGAAGUGGGGAACAAGAUCGAUAUUGAAGGCGUAG